UCCUUUGCAUCUGCUGCCUGUGCUGCCUUUCACGUACUUUAUAAUUUACCUUCCUUCGCAUGGAAACAGGAGGGCCAAACCGAAUUCUCGCUCUCGUUCCGGAUUCCCAAAUUCGGGAAUUGGGAAUUCCUGCGGUCCUGCGGCUCCUGCCCAUUGAAAUUAACCGUUACCUUUUGACAAGUGCGGUGUUUUUGUCCGAUAAAAUCAUCACCUUUUGCCCGUACUGAACGCCCUUUUGCCUGCAGCUUCCUGUUUGCUGGAUUUCCCAUUAAAUUUGGCUGAAGACUGGUAGUUGCAGACGAACAGCGUUUAUAUGACAUGAAGAAACCCCACCUGGAUCAUGGUACAGUAAUAGCUCAACGUAAAGUGCUUCACAUAUUCGGCUGAUGAGAUUACAUUCAAAAUUCUCGAAGGAUAAGGAAGGUUGUACUAGUUUCAUGUGGAACUCGUUUGAAGUUGAAGAACUUUAUGCUGUUCAUUGCCACCUAGGAGAAAAAAGCAAGCAUCAUCUCUAUGGCUGGCUUGGAGGAGCUCAAAAAGAAGUUAGGGCCACUUUUUGAUGCUGAUAAAGGCUUCCCAUCUGGGUUGGGAUUGAGCCCAUGUGAUUCAUACAUGGUAUCUGAUGGUGGGACAGUUAAUCUGCUAAGUAGGUCAUGUGGGGUGUACAACAUAAAUGAGCUUGGGUUACAAAAGAGAACAUCAGGUCUAGUACAUGAUGAGGAUUCCAAUGAAAAGACAUAUCGAUGUGCUUCGCAUGAAAUGCGGAUAUUUGGAGCCAUUGGAUGUGGUGCAAGCAGCAUUGUUCAAAGGGCUAUUCAUAUACCAGUUCAUCGUAUAUUAGCAUUGAAGAAGAUUAAUGUCUUUGAGAAGGAAAAAAGACAGCAGCUACUUAAUGAGAUAAGGACCUUGUGUGAGGCACCUUCUGCUCAAGGUUUAGUGGAAUUUCAUGGAGCAUUUUAUACUCCAGACUCAGGGCAAAUCAGCAUUGCAUUAGAGUACAUGAAUGGAGGAUCCCUUGCAGAUGUUUUACGAGUUCAAAAAUUUAUUCCAGAGCCAGUUCUUGCAUCUAUGGUCCAGAAGCUUUUGCUCGGGCUGAGUUACCUACAUGGAGUUCGUCAUCUUGUUCAUAGAGACAUAAAACCUGCAAAUCUGCUUAUUAAUCUGAAGGGGGAACCCAAGAUCACUGACUUUGGCAUUAGCGCUGGUUUGGAGAAUUCAGUUGCCAUGUGUGCUACUUUUGUUGGGACUGUUACAUACAUGUCACCUGAGAGAAUCCGGAAUGAGAGCUACUCCUACCCAGCAGAUAUUUGGAGCCUUGGAUUGGCUAUAUUUGAGUGUGGAACUGGGGAGUUUCCAUAUACGGCAACUGAGGGUCCUGUCAAUCUCAUGCUACAGAUAUUAGAUGACCCUUCCCCUUCACCCUCCAAAGAGUCCUUUUCUCCAGAAUUUUGCUCGUUUAUUGAUGCUUGCUUACAGAAGGAUCCAGAGGCUAGGCCAACAGCUGAGCAGCUCCUAGCACAUUCAUUUAUUAUGAAGCAUGAGAGUUCAAAGGUAGACCUAGCAGCAUACGCUCGAAGUGUGUUUGACCCUACACAGAGACUGAGGGAUUUAGCCGACAUGCUCACAAUCCACUACUACUUACUGUUUGAUGGAUCUGAUGAUUUUUGGCACCAUGCAAAGGUUCUCUAUGGUGAAGCUUCAACUUUCAGUUUCUUGGAUGAGGUAUAUGUGGGCGCAACUGAUAUUUUCACAAAGUUGUCAAGCAUAAGAAAGACAUUGGUUGGUGAUGGGUUCCAGGAGAGGUUGGUACAUGUUGUUGAAAGUCUUCAGUGUUGUGCUCAUGGAAAUGAUGGGCUUGCCAUCCGCGUCUCUGGCUCAUUUAUAAUUGGGAACCACUUUCUUAUAUGCGGGAAUGGUGUACAAGUAGAGGGAAUGCCGAGAUUUGAUGACUUCACUCGUGAGAGCAUUAUGCAGCAAAAGAUGGGCACCUUUCAUGAACAGUUCAUAAUGGAGCCUGGUAGUGUCGUGGGAUGCUUCUUGAUAUCCAAGCAAGAACUGUAUAUCUUGCAAUAGGAGGAGCUAUUUUAGUUAGUGCGAUAUGCCACAAGUAACAUAUACAUUGCUGCAUUUAGUCCGAUGGAUGAAUAGAUAGUGUUGUGACAUCUUAACAAGGUGUUUUUUGCUUCAGACUUGACGUCAGUGUAUGCAUUGAAAGCAAAGUGAACUAGUGAUAGUGAAGAUCAUCCACUAAUAAGUUCCCCUUAAGAUAAUUCCACUACCUCUGGUGAAGCUCUUAUUAGCACUGAUCUACAAUUUUAUAGAAUCGAAAACUUUGUCCUCGUUCUGAUUGUGCUUGCUAACCUUGGAUUUCCAA